AUGCACAACAACCCUGUCUUAAAGAUGGAGAAUGAUCAAAUUGAGGAUGGUGUUGGUCAUCGCAAAGAGGGAGCCGCUGAAAAGAUCAAUGAAAUGGAUGAGGAUUCCAAGAAAGGUGUCCAGUUUUCUGGAGUGUGUGAUGGAAUGAAACAAACUAAAUCACUGGUAAUUCGUAAAACAGAAAUAAUGGCCUCUCAGUAUAAUACAUGGUAUUCACAGGUGCUGUUUCUGUCUUGUGCAUUUCUUUGCGCUUAUGGCUAUUCAUUAGAUAGUAGCAUCAGAUAUGUUUAUAUGACCUAUGCUACGAAUUCUUACAAUACCCAUUCGCUCCUCUCGACUAUAAGUAUCAUCAAUAUGAUGAUUUCAGCUGUCGCUCAGCUUUUCUUUGCUGGAUUGUCUGAUGUGUUUGGAAGAUUGCGUUUAAUGAUUGUAGCCAUUUUAUUUUAUGUCGUAGGAACCGUGAUCCAAUCCCAGGCUUAUGACAUUCAGAGAUAUGCUGCUGGCUCUGUGUUUUACAAUAUUGGAGUUGUUGGUGUAAUGUUGCAGGUUUCGUUAUUCUUGGCAGAUAAUUCGUCUUUAAAAUGGAGACUGCUGUAUUCUUUCGUUCCUGCAUGGCCAGCUAUCAUCAACAUGUGGGUUUCAGGAAAUAUUGUUAAGGCUGCAAAUCCAUUGGUGAACUGGUCAUGGAAUAUCGCUAUGUGGGCUUUUAUUCUUCCAUUAAGUUGCGUACCACUAUUAUGCUGUGUGGUUCAUAUGAGAUGGAAAGCUAGUAAAACACCGGAAUGGCAGGAACUAGAAAGCGAAUUGACAUUUUAUCAAAAGCAUGGGUUUGUUCAUACAAUUGUUGAGGUAUUCUGGAAAGUGGAUAUUGUCGGAUUGUUACUGUUAACUGCAUCUAUGGGUUGUAUUUUGGUUCCUUUAACCAUCGCGGGUGGUAUAUCUGAACAGUGGAAUAAUGGUAAGAUUAUUGGACCGCUGGUUCUUGGGGUUUUCCUUGUUCCACUGACCAUAUAUUGGGAAAGCAACUGGGCCAAGGUGCCCUUUGCGCCUUUCCUUUUGUUGAAAGACAGAGGAAUCUGGGCACCAAUGUCGAUAAUGUUUUUGGUAUGCUUUAUCUAUCAAAUGGCAGCUGGCUAUCUCUACACAAUUUUGCUGGUCAGCAUGAACCAAACUGAACUUUCUGCAACCAGGAUAAUGAAUUUGUAUAGCUUUGUUGCUGGAAUCUAUUCUCCUAUUUUUGGCUUCGUCGUUGCUAGGACAGGGAGGCUAAAGUCAUUUAUGCUUGUUGGUUGCUGCUUAUAUUUCCUAGUUAUGGGUUUGUUCUACAGGUACAGAGGUGGUCUUGGAGCUGAAUCAGGUAUAAUUGGUGCCAUGGUGGUUUGGGGUAUAGCCAGUUGCAUGUACACAUACCCAGUUACCACUUCCGCCCAGUCAGUUACUAGCCACGAAAACAUGGCAACAGUGACUGCAAUGCUACUAACAAUAUUUAGAAUAGGAGGUGCCGUUGGAGCUUCAGUGUCAGGUGCCAUCUGGACCAAUUUAUUAUAUCCAAAACUGCUUCAGAAUCUUGGUGAUGUAGAGUUGGCUUCGGCUGCUUACACUGCACCAUUGACUUUUAUUGUUUCUCAUCCCUGGAACACUGAAGUAAGAACUGCAAUGAUUGAUGCAUACCGUCAUGUGCAGAAAUACGAAGUUCUUGUCGGAUUGAUUUUUGUCGCACCGAUGCUUGUUUUGACUUUCUGCCUCAGAGAUCCAGAAUUGACUGACGAUUAUGGCCAAAAGCUUGCUGAAGGUCAAUGUGUGCAGACAGAAGGUGAAGAUCCAAUCGCCGAAUGGUUCUCUGAUCGCUUUAAAAAAUUAAAACGCCGAGUUUAA